AUGCCCGCCGUCAAUCCUGGCAGUAAAGUCCUCGUGACGGGCGCGAACGGCUACGUCGCCGUCUGGAUCGUCCAGAACUUGCUCGAUCACGGCUACUCCGUCCGCGGGACCGUCCGGUCUGAGGCUAAGGCCGCUCAUCUGAAGGCUCUCUUCGCAGACAAAUACGGAGGCAAGGUCGAGUUCGUCGUCGUCGAGGACAUCACCAAGGAAGGCGCAUUCGACAAUGCUGUCCAGGGUAUCGACGCGGUUGAACACACGGCGUCGCCAUUUCACUUCAAGUCUGAUGACCCAGAUGACUUCCUGCUGCCUGCCAUCAAGGGUACGACGUCUGUCAUCGAGAGCGUCCUGAAACACGGUAAGGACGUUAAGAGGAUCGUCGUCACUUCGUCGGUCGCAGCCGUUACGGAUUUCAGCACAGGCGCGGGCCAGGUUACAUACACCGAGAAGGACUUCAACGAGGAAAGCCCGAAAGAGGUCCAGGAGAAAGGACGAGGUGCAACUCCCAUGCACAUAUAUUGCGCGUCGAAGGUUCUCGCCGAAAAAGCGGCCUGGGACUUGUACAACAAACACAAGGUGACUGUCGGUUGGGAUCUCGUCGUCCUCAACCCGCCAUAUGUUCUUGGACCUGUCAUACAUGAGGUCUCGUCACCCUCCGCGCUGAACACCUCCAUGCUGGAGUGGUACAAUGCCGUGGUAAAGGGCACGAAGGAUGCCGACGCGCUCCUGCAGGGACACUGGUCCUGGAUCGACGUGCGGGACCUCGCCGACGCUCACCGGCUUGCGAUUGAGAAGGACGCCUCAGGCGGAGAGCGUUUCCUCGUAACAGCGAGUCCUUUCAAAUGGCAAGACUUCGUUGACGCCGCAAAUGCUAUCACACCAUCGAUCUACGACAAUCUGCCGAAGGGCCGACCUGGAGCAGGAAAGGGUCUGGAAGUGGAGCACCUGAUUCGAUAUGACACGUCGAAGGCUGGUCGUAUCUUGGGAAUCAAGUACACAGGCAUGGAAGAUUGCACUAGGGAUACGCUCGAGAACUUGAAGGCCAAGGGUUGGUGA